AUGAAACCUUGCUCUUCGACGAGGCACUCCUGGUUCCACGAUAAAUUCGAGAAUAUCGAGAAUAACCACUUAUCCGGGCGAAAGAUUGAGAAUCUCGGGCUGGUGUUGAAUUUUAUUCGCCAAUCCCCCGAGUUCCAACCCCUCACCAUCUCCGUCAUAUUGACGAAAUUUCAAUCGGCCCCCAUCGAAGCUGUUCUCCGAUAUAUCAGAGAGAAUUCGAUCCAGACGUAUAAAGUGAGCACCACGGGGGCACCUGUUAAAUCCUGUUGUUGGAAGAACAACGAAUUGGAAGGAAUCACUUGGUUAUUCACGAUCGACCAUUUCGACGUCAUCCUCGUUUAUCGGGAAUGGCACGUUUGGAACGCGAAUAAUCAAUACUUGAUCGUGUUCACGGGGAGAUCACCGAUAGGGAUCGCACUCUGGAGGGAUAUUUUCAAAACGUUGUGGAGGCGGUAUCACGCUUACAGAGUGAUAGUCGUCUCGGCCGAUGACGAUUUUCGUUGCAUGCUCAGGUAUAAACCUUUCGAGAGGUACGAGGAGGGGUACGGUGUCGUGUACAAAACGUGUUUGGGUGAAGGGGGUGCGAGGAGGGUGCUGUUCGAAAAUUUUCAAAAUUUGAAUAAUUAUCCCGUGAACGUGUCGGUGUUCGAAUCUAUACUUAUGAAAAUUUCGUACGAUCGCCGGAACAGAUUGAAACUGGAUAAAAUAGACGCGAAAGCGUUAUUCGUUCUCGAGAAGGCUAUGCGCGCUAGCUUCAACAUCAAAGCGGUGAGGAAGAGAAACAUCAAGCGAGAUCCAUUCUCGUUCCUGAUCAAGGACAUAGAGGGUGGUAUAACCGACAUGUGCAUCACGGGAUUUUUCGUCAAGACUUACGACCGUUUUCAAAAGUUUCAAUUCACACCCUCGAUGUACGAGGACAAGAUAUGCUUCGUGAUGACCAAUUACGGCUUCAUACCGAACAUGUACGUGUUCUUCUUCCCUUUUCGAGCCCACUUGUGGCUCGUGUUGAUAAUGUACAACGUCGUGAUCACGUUGUUAUGGCGGUUUGUAAGGUAUCUAAGCUCGUCGUUCCGACGUCGGCCGCCAUCUUUCUCGAAUAAUCAUCGUCGAGGUACGAGGAUUAUCGAGAAAAGAACGAAGAUUACACGUGUUCGAGGGGAAUCCGUUUGGGAUUCCGUCGGGGGAAAGCCACCGGAAAUUCCUCGGAUAGUGGAAAAAUUCUUCGCUUUCUUCGAAUACCUUUGCUAUCCUAUACGGGACAGUGAAUACACGGCCGAAAGAGCUCUGUUGACCGGCAUACUUUUCUUCAAUCUGAUUAUAAGCGGUUUGUAUCAAAGUUUCCUGGUUUCAAGCUUGAACAAACCUUUCCAUUAUUAUCAGUAUCGCACCGUGGACGAGGUGGUGAGAUCCGGGAAGACGAUGAUCACCAAGUACGAGAACUUGAAGCAAGCGUUCGUUGGCUCCGACCUGUGGGAGAAAAUUCAAGUGAUCGAGUUUCAACGAUCGACGAAAAAUAUCGUGUUGGCCGAGGAUAAGAUCUCGAUGACCAGAUUGUACAAUAUGCAACUAUUACCUCACAGAUAUUACAACGAUCGUGAAAAAUCUUCGUUGUACAUGGUGGACGAGUGCGCGAUGACUUAUAGAAUUUCUUACAUUUUGAAAUUGCAUUCACCGUACGCAGAAAGGGUUAAUUUCGUGUUGUUGAGAAUGGCGGAGGCAGGGCUGCCCGAACACUGGAUAGACGAGAUGAAGUACUUCGUUACGUUAUAUAACAAAGGAGGGACGGAAGAUUUCGUGAAAAUACACAAGUUGUCCCUCGGCUAUUACGUCUUGGCUUUUUUAUUGUUGUUCAUCGGUCUGCUUUUGUCCACCUUGAUAUUCUUUUGCGAAUUACAAGCCGCGAAACGGAAUAAAAAGAGACGUUAG